UGCAAUGAUUUAUGAUACAAAGCGCCAGUGUUUUAUCCUUCGCUUGGUUUGUCCGUCAGUGCACUCACUAGACCAGCUGUGGCAAAGUUAUCGCCGCGGUGAGCUACAGGCUGCUGUAGAGGAAAGUUUUGUCGGCAUGAAGACCCUUGAGGAUUUGGGCCUGAGCCGCAGCGACAUAAAUCUGUGGGUUGAAAUGGAUGAAGAUGAUUACAAUGAAUGUAGGAAAUACAUAAAGGAAAAGACAGAGUUGAAAGCAAUGAUUUACGAAGACUUGAAGAUGACAGUUCGUAAAGGUCCACAUGGCAGCGCAGAGAGGACUAUAUAUGGCAUACGUCAAGCCCUGAUGGCAGUUUUCAGUCUACGGAAAGAAGACAUUCUGAUUAAAUGGUGGGACUACUGCAGCCCUGGGGAUUGGGCUGUCAUAUGUUAUGGCAUACAACCUCAUCAUGUGGGUCACAUUGAAGACAAUAUCCAGGAUGUACCCAAAGAUGACCUCCGUGAACUGGGAGUGAUGACCAUCAACAUCGGCUCACAAACUUUAAGAUUGACGGGUGAAGAUGUUCCUCAAGAACUUGUGGCUUGGAAUGUAGAGAAGGGAGACAUUGGUAGCGAGUAUUCAGCUUCAGAAUCUGGCUACCACACUGGAUCACGCCUCACAACAGAAUUAGACGUUGACAGCACCUGUAUUGGAGACUACGAAGUUGAUGAGGGGGUGAAUUUUUAUUUAGAGCAACCAAGAGAAGACUCUCUUCCGAUAAGAAGUCACCAGGAACAGAUAGUGAACCAGGUCCAAGAUAAUGUGGUGACAUUCAUCACCGGGGAGACGGGGUCCGGGAAGUCAACACAGGUGCCCCAGUACAUCCUGGAUGACUGUGUGAAAAGAGGAAUGAAAAAAGUAAGAAUUCUUGUCGCAGAGCCGAGACAGCUGGCUGCUGUGACACUAGCAGAACGUGUAUCCAAGGAACAGGGUGAUCCAAAUGUUGGCUGCACAGUAGGGUACAGUGCAGGGGAUAAGAGAGAGAUCUCCAAGGAUACAAAAAUAACAUUUGUUACUACUGGAGCUCUACUAGAGAACCUGAUACACAGACCCGGUCACUUUACCAGGUACACACAUAUCAUAUUGGAUGAGGUGCAUGAAAGGAGAAUGGAGUUUGAUUUACUGCUUUGGAUGAUCAGAAAACUGAUGACAUCUGUGUCAAACAAAACCAAACUUGUUUUAAUGUCAGCAACCAUGCAGAAAGAUAUUUAUGUAAGAUAUUUCCAAGACUUGUCUUCCUGGGAUUCUGCCCCCAUAUUUGUUGGUGUCCAUCAGCACCCAGUGACAGAGGUUUACCUGGAGGACAUCAGUGACCAUGUGUGGACAUUAUCAGAGGAUGUGAGGAGAUAUUAUGUCAAAAAGAUUGCCAUAUGUAAUGGCUGGGAUGACAGCGAUUUCAUAAAAUCUGUAGAUACUUUCUUGGAGGAAAAUGUCAAAACAGACGGACCAGAGGUGGAUAAAGAAGGAGAGGAGUUGGAUACAGACGAAGAAGAGUCAGAAACAGAUGAUGAAAACCUGGAGAAGGAAAGGACGGGAUACUCAAACCUGAGACAAAAGAUCUUCAGUGAUCAUGGAGUGCUUCAUGAAUCUGCAGUGAAAAAAAGGAGUUACGCUUUGGAACGAAUAGUUGUUUCUCUUAUACAAGAAUACCUGAAGCCUGGAGAAACUUUGGUGGUAUUUUUGGAUGGUAUGUUAAGUAUUGAAAAGUUGGGGGAUGCACUUGGAGAGUUUGAGCCAAAUCCCCCUGCUGAGUGGCCUGUGGACCAUCUGAGGGUGAUUGUAUUGCAUUCACAGAUCCCACCAGAAGAUCAGGGAGAUGCAUUCAAAGCACCAGAAGCCAAUUGCGGCCAUGUUGUCCUGACAACCAACAUAGCUGAGAAUGCUGUGACAGUGCCCCAAGUACGUGUGGUAAUUGACCUAGGGUGGAAGAGACAGCCAGUGUAUGAUGUGACGAGCAGACUGACCACUCUACAGCGUACACAUAUCUCUAAGGCAUCUGCCAAACAGAGGAAAGGCCGCACUGGUAGAGUGUUUGAGGAAGGCAACCUUGUUAUUAGGCUGUACACCAGAAAGCUUUACAGAGAGUUGGAGAACUUUGACAAGCCAGACAUCCAGACUGCUCCUCUGGAGAAGGUGGUGCUCAAAGCCAGACAGGCCGCAACAAAUGCUUUCCCUGAUUUGAGAUCAAAGGAAAUACUUCAGGACACAAUAGAACCACCAGACAUCUCAAAUAUUGAUGAUGGAAUUAAAGUUUUAUGGGAGAAUGGAGCUUUCACAGAAAACUCUGAUAUGUCCAGCAUCACUAUGCUGGGUCACCUUGCGAUGCAGCUUCCAGUGGAUCUGAAACUGUCCAGGUUGGUUCUGUACGGCAUUCUGUUUGGAUGCGCAGUGGAAGGUAUCAUUCUAGCGGCAGCGCUAGCAUCAAAAGAUCCCUUCAUGAUGCCCACUAAGAAAGUCAUAAAGAACACAGAGGAAUUUGUCAAAUCCCUUCAUAGGUCAGAGAAGUCCAGACGCAAGUUUGAUGGGGGUGCAUGCUCAGAGCCAAUUGCAUUACUGAACUUAUUCAAGAAAUGGUUGGAGUGGAGCCAUAAUGAAAAGGGUAAGAUGGUUGUGGAUACAUCAGUAUCCAUGUGGGAUAUUAAAAAGGAAUUCUGCGAGAAUAAUGCUGUCAGUUUGAGCAGAUUAAAUGCCUAUGAAAGCUUGAUAACACGUUUGGCAAGUUCAGUUCUGAAAUAUGUAUCAGAUCAGAGCAUUGCCUGCAAGAUCAGUGCUUUGGUUUUCUUCAUUUCUGACACAAGGGAAGUUGACAACCCUUGUGUUACCAGCCAAACAGAUUUCUUCCAUCCCUCAGAUCUCUUCAUCAGUUCUGCCCAACCAGAUCUGAAGGCAUUGCUUCUGGCAGCUCUACACCCAGCAUUUCUUGUUGGUGAAACCAUGAACAAGCUCCAUUAUGUCAAAACAGAUGUCUACCCCUUCAAGGAGUAUACAAAUUUGGAGACAAAAAUGAAGGCAAAUAAGAUGGACAUGAAGCGUACAAUAUAUGUCCCAGCAAAACCUACAGUGUAUAACAAAAAUGAUGAAUGCAAAGUUAGAGCAAUAGAAAAGCUAGCAAAACUGUGUAAAUUUUCCCAGCAAACAUUGCCAGAACUGAAACCAGCAGAAAAGGGAUCACUUUUCAUUCAGUAUAAAGGAGCAGGGCCAGGGGAGUCUAAAAUAUUUCAUGACAUCACGAAAGAUGCCCAUAGCCUCUUCAAGUUUAGUGAAGGACGCCAUAGCAUCAUCUUCUCAGGUGAAAAAAGACUGAUUACUUUAGAGCAGCCAAUGCAUCCUUUCCGUAUCCACUGGUCUCUACUAAGUAUUAGAGGGACAGACAUGAUGAGUCCUGAACAAAGGGAGUAUCCGUGUACUGGGUUUCCUAAUUGGCGUGCACCAUUUGCCUCAGCAUGUGAUCUAGAUCAGCAAACGUAUCUGGCUGUUACUCACAAUUUUAUUAACUGGAAACAUUCUGUAGGGCAUAUUAAUGGGAUGACCAUCCUUCCUCAAGAUGAGGGAAAUAUGUUAGCUCUCUGCUUGAUACUCACCUUCCAACCAAAGCACUUCUCAACACGGUUUAUUGUAGACAUCUGGAGACGGAGAAUCACGCACCUGGAACUGUUCAGACACAGAUUUGCAAUACCAGAAGCAUCAGAGCUUACAGAGGAGAUACUUGACCACAUCAACCAGUUCCGCAAACAUCUGUCAGAAGCUUUGUGUGCAGACUUGAAAAAGCAACGUCUAUCAGAGUUUUGCAGCAUUAAAAGUUUUCUCACAAGAUUGAAACAGCUCAUGGAAAAAGAAAAGCAUCAGAGUAGGAAUAAACUUUCCAAAUUAGUUCAAGACAUCAGAGAGGCAAUAGCAGAUGCUGAAACAUUUCGUCAGCUGCCAGACAAGUUCAAACUGCUGCGAGCACUGAAGGAUAAGGAGACACCUUCCAUUGAUGACAUCAUAAAACAGAUGACACAGGGAACAGACUAUGAAGAGAGUACCCAGGAUUUGGACUACAGGUACAAUGUAGAAAUUGCCAUAAAGGCCAUGAUACCUAGUGAGACCCAGGAUGAAGAGCUGACUUACCUGCCUCCUUACAACUGUGAGGUCUUCUCCAUGGCAUAUCUGAAGCAACAGAAAGACCAGCAAGAUGCAGACAACAACAUGGCAUACUCCAAGAUUACAGCACGUGCUGCAGGACCAGAUUACUUUGAAUUUUCUCGAAGUGACACCAGUGAUGAAACCUCAUCAGAUGGUGAAGAAUGGGAGUUCAUGGAUGCCAAACAAGAAGAAGAAGAAACAUAUGUUGAUGACAAAUCCAGACCAGAACAGAAAAAAGAUGAUUCGUUCCCCUAUCAUCCAGUUUUAACAGCAACCAGUUUUAAAAGACGACACAGGAAGAGGAAAGAUUCAGUAACGGAGUCAGUCCCAGUAAACAUCCCAGGAGUUG